AUGACGGCCCCACUACGACAGUCGCUCUUCACUGCGUCGCGUCUCCAAACAGCAACGUACCUACUCGGCGUCUGUCCUUUUUCCAUUGCAUUUUUGGUCUUUCUCAACUCUUCCGUGUCGUUUGUGGUGACCGAUGUGAUUGGGCUCGAAUCCGGACAGGGCGAUGCCCUUGGGACGCUGGGAUUUGCCGACGAGCUUCUGGCUUUGGUGGCAUGUCCGGCAUGGGGAUUGCUGUCGGAUAGAAUAGGAGUUCGAUAUGUCUGCACGGCUGGGUACGCCAUUAUCGCUCUCGCCUUGAUUCUCUUCGUCCAAGCUUCCAACAUUUACCCGCAACUCCUCCUCGGUCGUUUGCUAUUUAGUCUCGGCGGCUCAGCCGUCUCGACCAUGGUGACAGCGGUAUUGCCCACGGUAACAGGGGGCAGUGAAAGACUGGGGCAGCAGCGACGGCCACAGCACGCCUGGUGUGCGUCCUUGUCAUCCGAGGUCACGAUAACGCCCUCUCGCUUUGAACGACGUGCAUCUCGGGACUCUGAGACGGAGCGGGCCUCCGACUCGUCGUCGCGACUGGCUGGAUUUGUUGGUUUGUUUGCUGGAUGCGGUGCAUUGAUUGCCCUGUCUGUAUUUCUCCCACUUCCGGCACGGUUUGAGCAACAGGGGUCUUCGCCGUCGCAGGCUGUCAGGCAAAGUUAUUAUAUCGUUGCGGCAGUAGCGAUAAUAGUUUCUAUUGCGUGUUUCUUUGGUCUUCGAAAUCUCCCUGGGGAGCACGGGAAGCAUUUGCGGUCACUAUGGGCACGUGGAUCAGAAGUUGAAUCGCAGACGCAUUCGGUCAACUUGAACAAUCUUCUAUACGCCUUCACCCUCAGUGUCAAACAUCCUGAUAUUUGCCUCGGCUAUGUGGGAGGAUUUGUUGCGCGGGCAUCGUCUGUUGGAAUUUCUCUCUUUAUCCCACUGUUUGUCAACCAUUACUUCCGGAGUUCGGAUCUUUGCAACAAGGCUGGGUCUGAAGCCGUUUCCCCGACAGAGCUUGGUGAUAUCAAAAAGUCAUGUCCCGAGGCGUACAUACUUGCCUCGAUUCUCACCGGCGUGUCGCAAUUGAUCGCCCUGCUGACGGCGCCAGCAUUUGGUUACCUGUCUGAAAAGUCACGAGUACAUAAUUUCCCACUUCUUUUUGCCGCUAUUUCUGGAAUUAUCGGCUAUGUCGCUUUUCCACUUCUGCCGAGCCCCCAGUUCAAAGGGUCCGAAGGGAAUGGUAGUGUCUUUUUGAUAAUGGGUCUUGUUGGAAUGAGCCAAAUAGGCGCUAUCGUGUGCAGUCUAGGUAUUCUCAGCAACGGUGUUCUUAAUUUCCAGUCUCGCCAUGGCCAUGAACAACAGCAGCAUGACCAGAAUCCGAUCGAAAGCGAAGCUGACCCGCACAACGAGCACGAGCCGCUUCUUUCCAAGCCCGGUGAUGGACUUGCUACCAACAACCUGAACCACCUCAAAGGCUCUAUUGCAGGAAUCUACUCUCUCUUCGGGGGAGCCGGGAUUCUGAUUUUGACCAAGCUGGGAGGACUGCUUUUUGACGAGCUGUCCGAGGGUGCACCUUUUUACAUUAUGGCUAUUUUCAACGGUGUGCUGUUAGUAUCCGGGUUUGGCUGCAAAGACCUUAAAGUUAAGUCAAUCAUGGCUUCGACGUCUAAUCCACAUCAGCAACAACAACAGCAGCAGCAACAACAACAAUCAUCAACGUCAUCCCAACAACAAACACAACAAUCCGAUUUCUCCACCCACAACUCGCACAUUGAUCACAACAGCUAUGUGACAAGCGAAAACCAGCUUGCAGGGCUAGUGCAAGCAGCCACUGCUGCAGCAGGCCAGGACGUGACCGAUUGGGCGGCAGCAGCGGCGGCCGCAGCGGCUGCUGCUGGACACCAUCAUCUCGACGGAUACUCUACCGACCUGCAUCUCGCCGAGGACAGCUUUGGCGAUGGCGGAUUCGGUAGUCUCGGUCCCCCGCCCAGCGCUAGUCGACCAGUGCGAACCUCGACGACGAAUGGACAAGGACAGGGAUUAUCCAGGACGGUUUCGAAGAAGAGGAAACGCGGGGAAGAGGCGCUCGACCCGGCCUUGACUGGCGCGGGCGGUGGUGCAGCAAACCAAGGAGAAGGGCAGCAGCAGCAACAAACGUUUGAUGGAAGCGAAUUGAAUAUUCGAGAACUGCCGCCGCAGCAGUCGCUCACAGAUGCGCGGGCCGCAGGGGUGCACUCGGCGGCGGCGCUGUUUCGACAGCCGUCAAAUAAUAAGAAAUACACACGGCCGCCCAUGUCGCGGUUAUUUACCUCGCUCGAGCUGUCGCCGGAGAACUUUCUGCAUUUGCAGGCCGCUGCAAAGAACUACAUGCUCAACGACGACCAUCCGGAGCGGCGGGAUUGUGUCGGGCAGCGCGGAAAGGGAGAUACAGAGAUGGUCAAGCUGCGGCUCUGGAACUGCGUGCGCAACUUUCUUGAAGAGGAGGGUAAUGGAGAGCGCUUCUUUGGCGAGCAUGUCGUCAACGAAGGGAUGCCACCCCGACAGUAUAUCUGGCCGCGCGACCAGCACAAGAUUAUUUCUCUUGUGAUUCCGCUACUUCGGCGCAUGGUCACGAAUGAGCGCCAGCGGCAGUAUGCGAUUGAGACGCGCAAGGGCGGUGCAACAGACGAGCGAAAACAGAAAAAGACUAGUGAUAAUGUCGAUGGGUUCAACCUGUCAGAAACGCCCGAGAACGGACAGCAGCACGAACAACAGGACCGACCACUGGCGCCGCCACAGGUUCACCAAGGACCAGACCAUUUUCUGCCGCCUCCUCCUUUGCCUUCGCAUGACAUUCCCGCGUCUGGACCGGGCAUUGGCGUGGGCAUGUCGAGUUUGGUUUUGGAUGGGUAUUCGACAGAUUGGGACCAUGUCUCGAGAUCGUACAAUGCAUUCAACCAGGACUAUCAGCUGGAUACGCUCUGGGGCAUGUCGGGCUUGCAGCAGCCAGACUGGUGGGGGCUUAUGGCGGCCCUUGAUAGUCAUUUCCAGGUGUACCACCAUGGUGACUCAACGGCCUGUCAGGGUCCUUGCGAGGAGAACUAUCUCAAUCGCAUUUUCACGUCGGAUGAAUUCUCGCGGCUGGACUGGCGAGUGGGCGGCGGCCAAAACACCACGGCGCGCACACAAUUCGCCAGUAGCAUCACCCGAGACAUGUCACGCAUCAUCAAAGAGUGCCUCGGCAAACCCGUCGAUGACAGCACUCCAACGAACUUGGACACGACUCACACGACUCACGCCGACACGCACACGAUGAACCACGCCGCAUAUCUCGGAUCAAUGCAUCACUCUCCGUUCGACUCGGCGCCGGGGAACCACCACGACGAGUCAUCACCGAUCACAGUGCAUUUCAACAUUCUGCAAGAAGGCAAACGGCUUGUCCCACGGCUCGACGCUACAGCAGCGCAAUGCCCUGAUCUCGCCAGCAUGCGCAAUUUUCUAUCGCACCGGCUCUCGGGCCAGCUGCCAGCGUCGGCCACGAUACCGCUGGACGCGAACGGACAGGUCGACACGUCGCGCUGGCGCAUCCAGGUCUGGCUGCCCGAGGGCGUCGUAGCCAUGGCCAACGACAGCGACUGGGCGAUUGCGCAGCUGUCGGCGGGCACGAUCGACUGGAUGGACAACGACCUGCGGGUGAUAGUCGACCUGGACGAUGCGCCGGAGAUGUAG